AUGCCGGACCCACAGGCGGCCACACCCACACCGGGAUCGGGACCGGCCCUCCCUGAGCCCGCCCCCAUCAUGGCGGAAUCCAGCCUCCAGGUUACAGUGGGCGACUUCGGCGCCAACGUUCUGAAGAGCCUGAAUCAGCAGAGACUUCUGGGACUCCACUGCGACGUCUCCAUCCUGGUCCAGGGUCAGGUCUUUGAGGCCCACCGCGCCGUCCUGGCCGCGUCCUCGCUCUACUUCCGAGACCUAUUCAGCGCGGAGUCCUCAGAGUCCUCGGAGCGGUCCCGGUCCACGUAUGAACUCCCGUCCUCGGUGACGCCCACCUGUUUUGCACAGAUCCUGAACUUCUGCUACACGGGCCGUCUCCACGUGGUCGCUGGUGAACAGCUGGUCCUCAUGUACACCGCCGGGUACUUGCAGGUCCAGAACAUCAUAGAGCGGAGCAUAGAACUCAUGAAGACCGAGACGGCGCCUUCGUCCCCGCACUGCUGUGACUCGCAGACCACCUCAGCAGAUGAGCUGGGACCUUUGGACCAGGGGUCCGGCUCCCCGUCUGAGGACCCAAUGAUGAUGACCGUGAGCCGGAUCAAAGAGGAACGGCAGGAUACUCCUCCUGACUACCACACAGGAGCAACUUUGGAAGAACAGGACUUCAGGUUGGACUUUGCAAGGGAGCUCGAAAACGCCGGAGGGGGCGCCAUUUGUUACCUGGGUGCGGCGGGGAGCCUGGUCCUGGGUCUGCAGUCCUACUUGCCGGCAGGCGGGGGGCGCUCUAGUUCAGAAGCGUCCAGCUUGCCCACAGACUCUCCCCCGGCGGAGGACGAGCCGGAGCGCUCGGGAAUAUACCCGCACGUCGUCGGAAACCGCAGUAAGUCCGGCGCCGAGACGCCGGAGAUGUUUCGUCCGCCAUUCAGCAGUGAGCGGCGCGCCUGCGUAGUCGUUGGCAGAGACAACGUGGCGCUCCCCGCCAGCCUGAUCAGUCAGAUCGGCUUUCGAUGCCACCCCGCGCUCUACUCAGAAGGUGAACCCGGAGAGAAGCUUGAGUUGGUGGCAGGUUCGGGCGUGUUGAUGACGCGAGGUCAGCUGAUGAACUGUCACCUUUGUGCGGGAGUGAAACACAAAGUCCUGCUCAGGAGACUGCUGGCCACUUUCUUCGACAGGAACACUCUGGCCAAUAGCUGCGGGACGGGGAUCCGCUCCUCCACCAACGAUCCCAGCCGAAAGCCGCUGGACAACCGAGUGUUGAACGCCGUCAAACUGUACUGUCAGAACUUUGCUCCGAGCUUCAAGGAAAGCGAGAUGAACGUGAUCGCGGCCGACAUGUGCACCAACGCGCGCAGGGUUCGCAAGCGAUGGCUCCCCAAGAUACGAUCUCUGCUGCCACCCGGCGGCGGAGAGGGGGUUGCUUCGGAAGUCGACGCUCAUCGGCUCACCGCCGCCCCCCGCCCGUGCCAGGAGGCUUUGCGACACCGGCGCCUCCUCGCCGACCCGACCACUGGCCGAUAG